AUCCGUCUUGUAUUUUAAGAAUGAACAGGGGUGGAUGCAUGUUGCAGUCACGAGCAGUAAAAAGGGAAAAGGAAAUCAUUGCAAAUCUAUUCUGAUCUUGAAAAAAACGUUUCCUUUUAACGAGAAAAGACCUUUCCUUAUCGUUGACAGUUCACACAUCCUCUGUGCUGGGGUCUUUGGAGAGAGAAACAGAAGAAGCUCACCUGAGUUUCGCUCCACACUCGGACAAUAACUUUUUCCUCUCCUUUUUAGUGCUUUUGACCUCAAAAGUAUUAGCUGCGGACGAGUUUAUUAUAAGGUUUAAAACUAUAUAGAGGACUGGAAAUCUGGAAAUGAAGAGAGAUUUUACGCUUUUCUGCUGGAUUUGGAUUGGGAUCGCUUGUGUUUCAGGUCUGGUGACUGGAUAUUCUAUGACACCACCCACCCUCGACAGCCAGAAGGACGACAUUUUGAUCAAUGCCAAUGACACAUUAACUAUUACAUGCAGGGGACAGCGCACUCUGGAUUGGGCCUGGCCUGAGAAGAGCCUCAGCAAGCAGGAAGUCCAAGAUCGACAGGACCAGCUGAAGCCCUCGCUGGUUCCAGACCACAGAGCCAUCUGGAUCAGGGAGUGCCAGGGGGAAUCUGGGAAUCCGUACUGCAAGAGUUUGGUGCUGACUUCUGCCCAGAGCAGGGACACUGGCUACUACCAGUGCUUCUACCGGGACAUUAAGGCCGUCGUUGAAGGCACGACUGCCGUCAGUAUUUAUGUCUUUGUUAGAGAUGUUCAAGAGCCAUUCGUCAAAAGAUACAACUAUGAAUUUGAAACAAUCCUUGUCGCUAGAUCAUCGCCAACCAUUCUGGUGCCUUGCACAGUGUCUGUGCCUGAUAUGAAUGUCACCCUCCAUCAGAUGCCUUCACAGGUCGGAAAUUCCCUUGCACCUCUGGAUGACGACGGCAUAACCUGGGACAAUAAGAAAGGCUGGUCAGUCCCCAGCGGUACCUUUCUGAACAGGCCGCACAUCUUCGGCUUCUUCUGUCGCACCAUCUCCUCCAACGUAGAGCAUAAGUCCCCUCUGUACCUGGUUCACUUUUAUGGAAGCAAGUUGUACAAUUUCAAGCUAUUUCCAGAAGAAACGGUGGAGCUGAUAGUGGGUGAUGCCCUUAUCCUGAACUGCACAGGCCAGGUGGAGUUCAACACAGGCGUGAACAUUCAGUGGGCUUACCCAGGCAAGCUGCUAAAUCGCACUGUGAGCCUGCAGUCGGAGCGCACGGCUUUGUCACACGUCACGGAAGUUUCCAGCAUCUUCAGCAUUCGCAGCGUUAACAUGACCGACACGGGCCUGUAUGUGUGCAACGCGACGAGCAUGGAAACCAAGAUGGAGCAUUCUGUGAAGGUCAUUGUACACGAGAAGCCAUUCAUCAGCGUGGAUUACAAAACUGGCCCAGUUGUGGAAGCUACUGCUGGCCAAAAGAUAUUCAAGCUUUCGGUCCGAGUGUCAGCCUAUCCAUCACCAGAAACACAGUGGUACAAAGAUGGAAAAUUAAUAAACAAGCAACCAGAAUUCAACAGGAUGAAGUACCAGCAACACAGCCUGGACAUCAGGGAGGUUUGCCAGCAGGAUGCUGGGAACUACACUCUUGUCCUUAAAAAUAGCGCCGCCCUUCUGGAGAGAAGAAUCAGCCUCAGCCUGCUAGUCAACGUCCCCCCGCGGAUCCAUGAGAAGGAGGCAGUAGCUCCCACACACCCCUACCAGAGGGGCAGCCGGCAAACGCUCACCUGUACAGCAUACGGCGUCCCUGCCCCCUCCACCAUCACCUGGCAGUGGAGACCCUGGGGUCCAUGUGGCCCCAAUGGACCCCUCCGCAGCCCGGACCAGAGAGGAACAUCUGUGCGUAAGAGGCGAGAGCGUGUGUCACACUGUCAGGACUGGCAGGACAUGGACUCAGAAGAUGCAGUUAAUGCAAUCGAGAACAUCGACACUUGGACCGAAAUGGUGGACGGGCGAAACAAGACCGUGAGCAAAGUGGUGAUUCAAAAUGCCAGUGAGUCAGCAAUGUACAAGUGCGCCGCAGCCAACAAAGUCGGCAGAGAUGAGAUGCUGAUCUACUUCUAUGUAACUACUAUCCCAGAAGGCUUUGGGAUCGAGCUGCUACCUACAGAGGAGCCUUUGGAGAUGGACCAGGUCCGACUCCGGUGCAGUGCUGACAACUAUACCUAUGAGAACCUGCGGUGGUACCGUCUGGACCCGCAGGCCCUCCAGAAUGAGACGGGCAAGCCGCCAGAGUUGGACUGCAAGAGCAUCCACCUGUAUGCCGAGGAGCUGAGAGGAGAGCUGUCCUUCGAACCCGCCACCAGCAGCUGGGUCCUCGAGCUGGUCCUGCCUAACAUCCAGCUAGAACAUGAGGGCUCCUAUGUAUGCAAGACCCAGAACCGCCGCAGUGGCGAGAAACACUGUCAUCGCAAGUACAUCCUGGUCAAAGCUCUUGAAGCCCCACGCUACCGGCACAACCCCACCAAUCAGACGGUGAACAUCAGCGAGACCUUGCUGAUGAAGUGUGAUGUGGAGGGCACUCCCACUCCCCAGCUGUCCUGGCUGAAAGACAACCAGCCUCUGCACCAGAUAUCAGGAAUACUGCUGCAAGACUCCAACCGGACGCUAAGUAUCCAGCGCGUGCGGGAAGAGGAUGCCGGUCUGUACACAUGCACCGCCUGCAACCAGAGGGGCUGCAUCCAGACCUCGGCCACCGUCUCCGUCGUGGGCUCUGACGAUAAGACCAACGUGGAAGUGGUGAUCCUUAUUGGGACGGGAGUCAUUGCCGUCUUCUUUUGGUUCCUUCUCAUUCUCAUCUUCUGCAACGUCAAACGGACAAGUCCAGCAGAUAUAAAAACUGGUUACCUGUCCAUCAUCAUGGACCCUGGCGAGGUGCCUCUGGAAGAUCAGUGUGAAUAUCUGCCCUACGAUUCCAGCCAGUGGGAGGUCCCUCGGGAUCGACUGCGACUUGGGAAGGUCCUGGGUCACGGGGCUUUCGGGAAGGUGAUCGAGGCCUCUGCUUUCGGGAUCGCCAGAACAAACACCCUGGAGACUGUGGCUGUCAAAAUGUUGAAAGAGGGGGCUACCGCCAGUGAACACAAAGCCCUGAUGUCAGAACUGAAGAUUCUAAUCCACAUCGGCAACCAUCUGAACGUGGUCAACCUGCUGGGGGCCUGUACAAAGCCCAACGGCCCCCUGAUGGUGAUUGUGGAGUACUGCAAAUAUGGAAAUCUUUCCAACUAUCUGCGAGCCAAAAGAGAGUUCUUCCUCCCAUACAGGGACCGUUCCCCCAAGACCCGAAAUCAAGUCCGCCGGAUGAUGGAGGCAGUGCAGGUGGAUCAGCGCGGGGACCUCCCUCCCCGAGGUAGCAGUCAGGCCAAGCACAACCAGAACCCCCAGCCCAGCCCAGACAAAGUAGAUGACCUAUGGAAAGCUCCCCUCACUGUGGAGGAUCUCAUCUGCUAUAGCUUCCAGGUGGCAAGAGGAAUGGAGUUCCUGGCAUCCCGCAAGUGCAUUCACAGGGACCUGGCCGCACGAAACAUCCUCCUGUCCGAGAGCAACGUGGUGAAGAUCUGCGAUUUUGGUCUGGCACGCGACAUCUAUAAGGACCCUGACUACGUGCGGAAAGGCAAUGUCCGGCUGCCUUUGAAGUGGAUGGCGCCGGAGAGCAUCUUUGACAAGGUGUACACCACUCAGAGUGAUGUGUGGUCCUUUGGCGUGCUAUUGUGGGAAAUCUUCUCAUUGGGUGCGUCCCCUUAUCCCGGUGUUCAGAUCGACGAGGACUUUUGCAAACGGCUGAAAGAUGGCACCCGAAUGCGAGCACCAGACAACGCUUCCCCUGAAAUAUACAGGAUUAUGCUGGCCUGCUGGCAGGGCGAACCCAGGGAGAGGCCCACCUUUCCGGCCCUGGUGGAGAUCCUCGGGGACAUGCUGCAGGACAGUGGCUUACCGGACGGUAAGGAUUACACGCCCCUGGACACAUCGCAGAGCCUCGAGGACGACGGCUUCUCUCAGGUCUCGUCGAGACCCCCGUCUGAGGAGGAACUACCCUUGGCAUGCAACACCCUGCCUAUCAGAUACUACAACUGUGUCCCCUUUGCUGGGUGUGUCAUGACCGGCCCCUCUAAGGCUGCUCACACGCGAGUCAAGACUUUCGAAGAGUAUUCCCUUGAGGCCACAUCCUAUAAUACACAUCACGACAAUCAGACGGACAGUGGGAUGGUCCUUGCUUCGGAGGAGUUUGAGAGAAUCGAACACAAGCAUAGAGGAGUUCUCUUCAGAAGCCAACACUCGGCAAGAAGUGCAGAUGGAGCUGCAGGAUCGGGCCCAGAGGACCGGCAUCGACCGCCCUUCCUGAGCCAGCUCUCCGGCCAGACCUUCUACAACAACGAGUAUGGGCAGCUGUCCGAGGAGGGCCUGUGCCACUUCUUCUCCGUGCCGAGCGAGGGGGUUUUGGAAGGGAGUCGCCAGGCAUCCUCACACCUCUAGGCCCUUGGAGGAACCAGCAGGACAAGAUGGUGGAGGGGGGCCCAACAUAUUUUCAGUCAUCGCCCCCGCAACUUGCCAAACCAGUAGCCAUACUACAGCACUAAACCAAUCUCUCUGUGCCAAAAAAAAAACCCUUUCCGGCCACUGGGUGGCGCAGUUAUCAGUUCAAACCAUUAUCUUUAUCAUAAAGUGUUACUUAUCUAACCUAAAGAGUAUGCUUCUGUUUUGUAUGUGUAUAGAAAACCUAUAAAGGGAAUAAAUAAACAUAUAUCAAUUUCUUAA